UACGUGUGCACACAGUUUUUAGAUUAAAUAUAAAAUGAGGCUAUUGGUGUCCAAUGUUCAGAGGAGGAUACGGGGAGUUUAGUUAGGCUACAGCAGGAAAUCCGAACCUGGAGAACAUACGCAAUCUCUGCGCCCUGGAGAGCUCAAGACGUGGAAUUCCACGGUGACGUCACGGUGAGCUGACCAAGCACGGUUUACAAUUCCAUAGCGAAUUUACCAAGUUUUUAUCGCAUUAGUCCAGAGGACGCGGAAGACUUUUUUUUAAAAAAGGGAGCUUUCUUCUGUGUACAAUUGUUCUUCAACUUCAAGAACGCAAACAUUUUUUGGUUUGGUUUGCAACGCUCCACUUCAACUGCUAAAGAACAGCUCGUUUGGGAUUGGGUUUUGUGUGGGUCUUGUGUUUUGCCAGUGGUUAUAGAAUAAAACACAUCAUCCGUUUCUGUUCUCGUCUCGCUUUGGGGAGGCACGCACAGAUGUUGCUGGGGUUUGUGAGUGGAAUUUAAAUAGCAAACCGGCUUGGCACAGGACACCUUUUGUUAGUUUCGUUGUUUUUAAAGCGUCACUCAGCGGCGAAGGGGUCAUUUUAAACCAGCAUUUAUCUGAGAUGACUUUGAAUUCCGAAACGGAACCCGACCACAUGGAGGAAUCUGACAUCGAUGUGGUUGGCGACGGAAGCCAGGAAAGCAAGCUCCAAAGACUCAAAACAUCCACCUUGGCCGAGGAGACUCCCAGUUUGGACGUGGAGUUCAGUCAAACAUCUCCAGGCGCAAAUGGAGACGUGGGCAUCGGCACCCUUCCCAGCACCCCGUGCGCAGGCAAAAACAACCCGCCGGUGAAGCCACCUUACUCCUAUAUCGCCCUGAUAACCAUGGCUAUCCUCCAGAGCCCCAAAAAGAGGCUCACCCUAAGCGAGAUAUGCGAUUUUAUCAGCCACCGCUUCCCUUAUUACAAAGAAAAGUUCCCGGCUUGGCAGAACUCCAUCAGGCAUAAUCUGUCACUCAACGACUGCUUUGUCAAAAUGGCUCGGGAACCCGGCAACCCGGGAAAGGGCAACUACUGGACCCUGGACCCCAAUUCUUCGGACAUGUUCGAGAACGGGAGCUUCCUGCGGCGGAGGAAGCGGUUCAAGAGACAGCACUCCAGGUUCGGUAUGCUGAAGGGACACUGCGGUGCCAGCUCGCUGCCCAGCUUCACCUAUGGAACCCACGGGCUCGGCGCUGCCCGUCUCCAGUUACCCGGUUUGGAAUUUUAUCAAAUGGGGUUCCAUCCCAGGCAAGCACAGUCCGCAGCCCUGUUGCCUCCCGCCGCCAGCCUCUUGCCGACCCUGUCCACGCUUUUCUCCAGGACACAGGUCGGUGGUGGCAAAGCGUUUCUCCCUCAAGCUACCUCGGUCCUGGAAGCGGAUUCCGCGCUCCAGGUGUCAUCCUUCGUGGGUGGCAUCGCCGCCCCACUCCCAUCACUUUCCCCGGCUUUGGAUAACAGAACCCCGGGGUCACGUUUCGUUUCCAGCGCGAUGCUCCGUGCCCCCACUUCCCCACAUUUUCUCAGCUUGCAACAGGGGUACUAAACUUUACAAGCCUUACACAGCAACUCGGGGUUGGCAAACAAACUUUAGCAACAGCUGAGCAAAGCGAGUAACUUUUAAGAGUUUUUUUUUUUUGUAAUCAGUUGGUUUUAACCUCAGGUAGGAAUGCUGUGUGUGUGUUUGUGUGUGUGUGUGUUUGUGCGUGUGUUUGUGUGUGUGUGUGUGUGUGCCCUACAGCUUUUUCAAAAUGUUUUUUUUUAUUUGUUUAGAGAUGACCUUAUCUGAGGGAUAUUGUUUUAAAUAGAACCUAAAUCAUUUGUUCAAGGUUGUGUAUAAAGAUCGUGCAUUUUCUAUGUCAGUUGCAAAAAUA